ACGGAAACUCGACUCGUCUCGUCUCAUUUCUUUACAGCAGAGGACCUGCACUUGACAGCCUCAUCUUGCUGAAACUUUAUUCCUACGCUACUUUUUUCUCUACCACCUCACUACCUACACCAUACUCCUCUCAACUACUUACCACCCUUCCAGUCCUCCACUGGCAAGGCAUCCCAGGUCGGUCCCCAUUACCGCAUCCUCCGCCGCCGGCCGAGAAAUUGCGCUAGCGAACGGCGGCAUUGCAUGAGGAAAACGGCACUAACGCACCUCCAUCAGCCGCCCUGCGCGAUCGCCCACCCAACCUUCUCCAUACCUAAGCUCAACGGGGAGGAGAGCUUUCCCCAAGAGCCGAAUUCUGGGCAAGAAACUUCUUAGUGCCAUUUUUCGCCAUUUUCGCCUUUCAAACCGUCUCUCCGCCUCUUGAUCACGUCACCAGACCCUUGUUCUGGCGUGAGGGACGCCAUCUUCAAACCGCGUUUUUGCCAGUGUGCCUCUCUAUCUAUUCGGUCUGAGGGCACUCGACGUCAACUGCCCAUGUCUCGGACGUGAUGGCCUCCGCCAAGGACGAAGCCGCAUCGACGCCGGCAGCGGCACCGGCUACUGCUUUCCCUCCUGCACCUCCUCCACCGUCGUCCGAUGCUCAUCCACCGCAAUCCCAGUCCUCUGCGACCGCCUCGCCGAGAGGGUUAAGUAGGCGCUCCUCCUCCUACGACGGACGCUCGCCAGCGUCCCCGCGCUCGCUCUCCCGGAGGCAGAGCACCAACGAGCGCAUCAACGAGAUAUUAGAGUUUCCUUUCUGCCCAUCCCCAUGUUCUGUUCUCCUUCCCAAUUCCGGAUCGUCUCUCCCCGUCUACCAUCAUACAUACCUCCUCCUACUUACACCUUCUCCCUCUCUCCCAAAACAGAACGCACGAGGCCGCGCACAAGCCAUGGGCGGCGGACUCUCAACAACCCGCUCCGCUCCCGCCAGCCCCCCGCGGCACUACUCCCGCGCGGACGGCUCCCGCGAUGAGAACGUCGGCAUCAUCUCCCGCGGCCCGGACCGCAACUACCAGAGCAUGAACUCGGCGCCGCAACCGUCCGGCGUCACCACCACGGCGACGGCUCCGGAGCUGGCCGGCAUGCGGCCACGCAAGUCGGUCCAGUCGACGAGGAACUCCCUGCCGGCGCAGGCCGAGGAGGAAGAGGAGGACGAAGACUACGACGCCGUGGUUGCGCGGGAGGAACGGGAGAGAGAGGCGCAGAGGAAGGAACCCUGGUACACGAUCCUGCUGUCCAGCUUUCAGAGCAUUGAGCUGGAGAACAAGGGCAGCGUGGCCCGCGAUCAUCUGGCGCUCGAACGAACAUUCCUCGCAUGGCUCCGCACAUCUCUAGCCUUCGCCUCCAUAGGCAUCGCCGUAACGCAGCUCUUCCGCCUCAACUCGUCCCUCUCGACGCCGGGGACCGACGACCCGAACAGCCACACCCUCCGCCAGCUGGGCAAGCCGCUCGGCGCGACGUUCCUGGGCAUCAGCAUCCUCAUUUUGUUCUUGGGCUACCAGCGCUACUUCCGCGCCCAGCAGUGGGUGAUGAAGGGCAAGUUCCCCGCGAGCCGCGGGACCAUUAUCAUCGUGUCCAUGGUGGCGUUUGCGCUGAUGGCCGUGAGCUUGGUUGUUGUCGUCGUCGUGAGUCCUACGAGUAGGGAGCGGUGAUUUAUCCAUCUUGUUUGACGUUUUGGUCUUUAUACGGGGAGUUGAUAUGUUUGGUGUCCGAGUCUGGCUGCAUGUGUUUGAAAUGAGAGCGUUCUGCAUCAAGGGGACACUUGGGAUUUGAGUUGGUUGGAAGAUGCGUUAUCCGCAUUGUGUCUAUUUGCUUCUGAUAUAACGCGGCAAUGAGCAUAUAAUACCCUGAUUUAUCUACAAUCGAGGAUGGUGUAGCGCAACCAGCCAUUUUCUAUAGUGACGUGAGAAAUCCGCCUUGAAAGCUAGGAGACAGAGUAUACUUGAAU